ACGAAUCAAUCAGCAACACCAAAAACCAAAACAAGAGGCCAUCAUCGCCCGAUUAUCAGCGCCGCGCACCGAGUUACGCUACAAUUACACAGAUUAGUGCAUCGCUGCGCACGCCUUACCAGCACGCGAAGCGCAAAAACACGCCAGCUGUGCCGCAUAACAGCAAAAACAAGCCAGGCUGCACAGGCUGCACACUGCUAAGCCAUGCCCAUCUCCAAGCGCCAGAAGAAGGUCUCCCUCACGAAAGUGAAGAAGCGGAGCCCGCCGCAAGCGCGCGCUUCCUACGUGGAUACCGUAAGAAGCGCCGUCGAGCAGGCCCCGAACCUCUACCUCGUCGGCAUCGACGCCUUCGCGCGGCCGACGCGCUUCAAGCAGUUGAGGAGUGCGUUACCACCGGGGUCCACGUUGCUGAUGGGCAAGAAGACCUUGAUGAGGGUGGCCCUGGGCGAUAGUGACGAGAACGAGUUGAAACCAAACAUCAGUCAAUUCGCUGCCAAAAUCGAGGGCGGCCACGCUUUGAUAGCUACGAGUUGCGACCGAGGGGCUCUUGAACGGUGUUUAGCGGAAAGUGCCGCGCCGGAGUUCGCGACGGCCGGGUUUCCCGCGCCGUCGACGGUGACGCUGGAGCGGGGUCCUCUCGACGUGGCGAAGUUCCCCGUGUCCAUGCUCGCGGCGCUCAAGAAGCUGGAUUUGCCGGUGGAGGUGCGCGAGUCGAAGCUGGUGUUGAUCGACGACUGGUCCUGCGCUUCCAAAGGGUCCCCGUUGACGGCGGCGCAGGCGAAGAUGCUCUUCCACUUGCAAAUGCGCGUGCACGAGUUCAAGCCGUCUAUAUUAGCUUCGUACGUCGACGGCGUCGUGGGGGACUAAGAAUCGCAGUUAGACCCGGCAAGAUCGAUGCGGUCGAGGACCUCCCAUUCCCCGACGCUCCGGCCCCGCAUGUCGACGAGCGCGACGCCGUCGAAGACGACCUCCGCGCCGUAGCGCAACUGCGGGACCGCCGCUCGGAUCGCCUCGGCGACGUCAUUUGUGACGCGCGGCGAGCCGAUCCAGUCGUAGACGAGGCUCGUGUGCGGGAAGCUCGAGCCGGCGGUGCCGAAGCUCUGCCCGAUGGAAUCACGCAGUUUUUCGUACGAUUGGCUGCCGCGAAACAUAACCCCGAUCCCGCGCAUUUGAUACGGCGGCACGUCGCCGUAGGGACCGUAGAGAUCCGGAGGCCCCGUGAGCCGGAGCGUUAUUGGCCCGCUGCCCUCGACCGCAUUCUUCAGCCGCGCGAAGCGUCGUCGCGCGUCUGACUCGUCCAGCCGCAUGCCGUAUUGCAGCGUGCUGUGCGCGAGCCUGCGUGAUCGACGUCGCGUCGAUGGCGUGAGGGUGGACAUUUUGAACGUCGACGGACGCGGAGCCGGCACCACCGCGGACAGUUCGGAUUGAAAUUAUUUAUGACAUUUUGGAUGCCCGCGUCGGCCGCGAGGAGCCAUAACGUAAUUCCUGAGAAUUUGAAGCCGUACGGCGUGGUUUGGUCGACGCCGUAGAGGCGUGUCAGCAGUGCACCCAUGCUAACGUCGCCGCGUCGCCUAGCGUUACCGACGUGGAGAGCGCUCUCAGAGGUGGUGGGCGCAGAUCUCAAGCACACGCGCUGUGAAGACGUGCAAUGCACCGCAGCGAGUCGGAUUGUACUCUGGGUCGUGCGUCGGGCGUCGGCGGUCCGCACAGCAGCCAGGGUGGUCCGCCACGCCAAAGUCAACGGAGAGCGUUUUGCUAGCGUCG